CCCAAACUACUACUCCACAUCAACGACGAGUGGACAGAGCAAUAUAUAAAUCAAAGGAAGGCCCAUCUCGCGCCAUCGCCUACCGCUCUUGCAGCCUCUCGCUUGGGGAGGAUGGAUGCGGAGGCAGCCUCUCCGUCUCUCUCCUCCACGGUGGCAGGGCCCUCCACACUGUGGCGUCUCGCUGAGCGGAGGAGUAGGAAGGAUGGCUCCGGGAACAUCUUUGGCGGGGUGAACCUACGUCAGCUGCAGAGGCUGUUCACGGCAGCUGGGGACCAGGAUGCAGAGCAGAGGGCCGAGCUGGUGUGGGGCCACGGGGACGAGGCUGAGCUGGCCCAGGCCCUGAUAGGACUGAGGGCGAGGGGCCGACGGAGAGGACUCAGGGUGGCGGGGCGAGACACACUGGGGUCGCGCUGGCUCCGGGCGUUUAAUCAACUGAGGAUUGGUAAGAGUUCAGAGAGUAGCCAGCAGAGCAAAGAGCAGUCAUCAGACAGCAAGACGGAGGCAAGAGCAAAACACAGCAGCCCAGACACACAGCCACUGACUCCUAAGGGCCCCAGAGGCGCUACAGGAGUCAGAGAGGACCUAACUGAGGGCCAAGGGCCUGCAGGGGCCUCUGAGAGACCAGCCAGACCAGGAGCUCUACUGAAGAAAGGAGGGGAGAGCGACCCGGAGAGGUACCUCCACCGCAUCCUCCACUGACGGACACACAGAGGACUAGGAUGACUUUGUUGCCCCUAGAUGCUGAUCUUGGAUCAGUUUUUUCCCUUCCCUGCUAAUCAUUGUGUGUAUUAGGUGAUGGUAAAUUGAUUCUAAAUCUGUGGAUGGGGACAACUUCUAUGUGGAGUACUGACCAACCCUAGUUCAGAGAGGGACAGAGUCAAAAAUACUAUAUUUCUAUCUCUGUCCAACCAAGAUCAGAUGAAUGAAGAACAAACUGGAUCUACAAGAUGGGGAACACUUUGAUAUGAUAUUCUAACAUUUCAUUCUCUCUCAGGAACUGGCUUAUCUGUUCUUCUGUUUGUCUCGUGUCUCUGAUGAGCAUCACGUAUUAAACCUUGGAUUCAUACAAAGGAUUAAGGAAAGAGGUUUUGACUGUGUGGGGAUAUAGCAGAGCACUUCAGGAGAGCUCAAUUCCACCUGGACUUGUUUUUGAAUGAAGUAUUUGUCAUUUUAUUCUCCAAAUUAGACAAAUGUGCCAAGGUGCAUCCACAAAAAGAAAGUAAAGGAAAAUGAGUUGACGUCAACUGGAAAGGAGAUAUUUUGAAGAAGUCAACAUUUCGACCAGGGGUGUGAAACUCAUUUCAUACAGGGCCAAGUGUCUGCUGGUAUCGUUAUUUCCUUUUCAAUGUGUAAGAACAGAAACAGCAGGGGUUUAAACUUUAGAACCCAGUUCCUACAUUUGAAUAUAGAAAUAGUUUUGUUUGAUAAAUCAAUGCUACAUUUUUAUCUCUGGGACCCUCAGGAUGAUAAACCAGAGCAAGAUUACUGAAUGUAAAUACAUUCAACUCUGAAGGUAAAUCAUGUAUCAAACCAAGUGCUGUGAUGAAAGUUGGAUGUUACUUAUGUCAUUCUAGUCACAUUAGCAACAACYGUCCCGGCAUAGGGACACCGAUCCCAUAGAGGUUUUAAAGAGCCAGAUGCACAAUUAAAGGGGAAUUACACUCAAAUCAAUUUGUUUCCUUCCAGACCAAAAAUUAAUGGUAUUCUGAUGUGAUUUAAGCAUUGACAUGGACUCAGAACAUCCAAUUUUGUUGUUUCUCUAAAACAAUUUGUAAUUGUGAGUAAAAUUCAAAACAGGAAAAAUAAAACUCAACAAUUUUUGGGGGGAAAAUCUAUGUUAUAGGACCCCCACCCCUUAGUUGUUUUAUUAACCAUUCUUUUACCAGGUAUAUUGACAGAACACUGCACUACUUUCUCUUGUACACUAAGGACCCGAGGAAGAGUUUCAGAGGAGAAGAAUGUUCCUAUUCGAAAGCUAGAUAAAAAUUAGUAGCUUGUAACUUUAAAUAAAAAA